GCGCGCCCCGCUCGCGGCCCCGGCCGGCCACGGGAGGCGGCCCCUCGGUGGUCGCCCCGCCUCCCGCUCCCGUUACACCCCGGGGAAGGUGUUCCCGAGACCGCUCCCAUCCUCACCCCGCCUCCCGCUUCCCCGGCUCUAGCCUCCGCCGGAGGAGCCCCACUAUGCCAGACAGUUUCGACACUUUGCAAAGACAAAGAGCCCUAGACCGGAGGGAGGAGAAAGAAGAGAAGGAGAAGAAGGGGAGACAGGAGGAGGCGGCUCUGUGAGCUGGACAGGGGUGAGUAUUCCGGACACCCGCGUCUUACAUACUCUUCGGAACCCCUCCAUGCCCAAAGCCGGGAAACUCUAGCCUGUCUUCAGCCGUGAUGAAGACACUGAGGCUCAGAAAGGUUAAGGAACUUCACUGAGGUCACACAGAAGAUGACGGACAACCUCUGUGUGGUCAUCAAGACGGCUGCCCAACUGCCACAUCCCUGGUGACAGCAUGGAGCGACACGGCUCUCAUUAAGGAUCACCUCCGGAGGAGGGUAGUCAGGGGGCCGCCCUGCAUCCAGGGCCAAGCCCCGUCCUUCCAGGUCCUCACCCCGAGGGUCCCGGGACUGUCGCAAAGAUUAAUGGCCCCUGAGCCCCUCCGAGUGGGAGAGGGAAUCCCUGUUAUCACAUUUAAUUAAAACUUCAUCAAGAGACAUCAUCAGCUCGUUUGGGAUCGUAGAAGAAACAGGCCACAUUAUUUCCUAAAAGACCGACUGCAGGCCGAGAGCGGGCCCAGGAAUGGGCUCUGGGCACUGCCCGGGCGUGUCCAGGGCACAGGGGCGGCCGCCUCUCCGUGGGGGUGCAGCUGGCGCUCACAGCCCGUGAGGCCUUCCUGGGGACGGACCCCAGCCUCCCCCUGAUCGCACCUGCGCCUCCAGGACCUUCUCUGUCUCCUGCUCAGUUGGCAGGUUCCUCCCACCCGUCACAGGGCCCCCCGCAGGCCGUGAAGAUGGUGGCCGUGCGGAGGAGGACCCUCAAGGUGCUCACCUUCCUGCUGCUCCUCAUCUUCCUCACCUCCUUCUUCCUCAACUACUCGCACACCGCGGUGCCCGCCGCCUGGUUCCCCAAGCAGAUGGUCCUGGAGCUCUCCGAGAACCUCAGGAAGCUGCUCCGGCCCCGGCCCUGCACCUGCGCCCGCUGCGUCAGCCAGCAGGGGCUGUCGGCCUGGUUCGACCAGCGCUUCAACCAGACGCCGCCGCCGCUGCUCAACGCCCACAACGCGCUCCUGGACGAGGACACCUACCAGUGGUGGCUGAAGCUGCAGCGGGAGAAGAAGCCCAACAGCCUGAACGACACCAUCAAGGAGCUGUUCAGCGUGGUGCCCGGGAACGUGGACCCCCUGCUGGAGAAGCGGUUGGUGGGCUGCCGGCGCUGUGCGGUCGUGGGCAACUCGGGCAACCUGAAGGAGUCCUCCUACGGGCCUGAGAUAGACAGCCACGACUUUGUGCUGAGGAUGAACAAGGCCCCCACGGCGGGGUUUGAGGCCGACGUAGGCAGCAAGACCACCCACCACCUGGUGUACCCCGAGAGCUUCCGGGAGCUUGCGGAGAACGUCAGCAUGGUCCUCGUGCCCUUCAAGAUCACUGACCUGCAGUGGGUGGUCAGCGCCAAGACCACAGGCACCAUCUCCCACACCUACGUCCCUGUGCCCUCGAAGAUCAAGGUGAAGCAGGACAAGAUCCUCGUCUACCACCCGGCCUUCAUCAAGUACGUCUUUGACAGCUGGCUCCAGGGCCACGGGCGGUACCCGUCCACUGGCAUCCUCUCGGUCAUCUUCUCCAUGCACAUCUGCGACGAGGUGGACUUGUAUGGCUUUGGGGCAGACAGCAAGGGGAACUGGCACCACUACUGGGAGAACAACCCAUCAGCAGGGGCUUUCCGCAAGACAGGGGUGCAUGAUGCCGAUUUUGAGUCCAACGUGACAGCCACCUUGGCAGCCAUCAACAAAAUCCGGAUCUUUAAGGGAAGAUGACAUUGCGAAGGGAUCGGGACGCACACACGUGGCACCACCUCGAUUUCCAGCCUCGGCAUCUUGCUGGAGUCUCUCCCUUCCCGGAGCCCCCAGGGCCAGCCUGGCGGUGUGCCCAGGGCCAGGCGCAGCCUCCUGCCCCCCAUUUUCAGCAGCAGCUACCCAGCAGAGUGGCCCGCUCUGCCAGGGCCCCAGAGCGAGGCUUAGAACCUGUCCCAGGUGGGAGCAGCCCCAAUGCUGCCCUGAGCUGGGAGCUGGGGAGGUGCUGGGAGGCUCAGUCUGCAAGUGAAAAUCGAAGACCCCCUACCCUAAAAGACAGGUGACCCCUGGGAAGAUGGGAAGAGGCUGGUCAGGCCUGACUCUCUGACGUGUCCUGGGAUGCGUGGGAGACGGCUACCUCUAGGCCAGAGCCCCACUGGGCCCUGCCAGCACUGGGGCGAGACCUGCCUUGUGCACGAAGCCGGCCUCUCGACCUGCCCUCGUCCUGCCAUCCCUUCCUGAAGCUCACUGAGGAUCCGGGACAGGCCUCUGACCCUGGAGGUCGUCACAGCUGCUUGGCCACCGGUUUCCCAUGGGCACAGACGCCUCUUCCCAAACUCUUCCCUGGAGUGAUCAAUCUCCGUGGUUCUGAUCGUGGCCGAGAGCAGACCUGACCACGUCCAUGUGCCUUUGUACUGGGGAAAAUGCAAGCACGGCUGAAGAGACUCAGGGCCCCACGCGAGGUGGGCACUCCCAGCCACCCCCUGGCUCCACGGCGGGGACUCGUGUUCUGGCUUAUGAGGGAUGACACUCGGCCACCGGUCAUCCACCAAGGAGCGUCCACUCUAGUUUCCGUGGACCACGGGGUUUGGUGCCUGUUUCCCCAGGGCCUGGGCUCCGGGCCAGUUACGCUGGCCGCCUUCUUGGUGUCCUGGGGUAGCAUGGGGUGCCCACGGACCGGCCACCUGCACAUACCUCACCUCCUCACUCCUCGUCACUCUCCGGCCUCGUCGCCGUCCUGAUUAUUUAUUGAUUGGUUUUUUAAUUGAGCAGCUGCGACCCCCCUGGGUUUCCACAGAGCUUCGCUGCUUCCGGCAGCUGGGGCGGAGAGCUUGAAGGAAGGGCCUGGGAGUCCUCGGACGUGAGUGGCUGGGGGCCCGCGGUGGGUGGCCCAGGGUCGUGUUGGUGGAGUGUGGAAGUUCCCUCCUGCCUCCCCGCUCGCACCCAGUCCUCACGUCCCUCCUUCCCACCCAACUCAGUCUCAGGCCAGGCGACUCCCGUCUCAAUGAAACCUCCCCGGGGCUGGAGGGGGGCAGCCACAGGGGACAGUGACUGUUGGCUGCAGUUACUGAUGCCCCAUCAGAAAACCACUUUUCCCCUGGAAGACAUUUCCUAAAGGCCAGUGCUGCUCUGGGAAGGCCGUGCCCCUGUGGAGCAGGAAGGCUGUAGUCAUGGCAGCCACAGGGCCGCUCUCCCCAGCUCAGGGUCCCCACAGCUAAUGGGGAGGGAAGAAUCACAAGACACUGGGGGCCUCUGUCAGGAGCCACAUGUGGCUUCAGGCCAUUCACAAGGGUCCUCAGAAAUUGCACACUGACUGUGAUUUUCCCAAGUCUGCAUAGGAGUAUUUUGGGAUGGGAGAGUUUCCGCACCCUUUAUAGACACUCAAGAUUCGGGAUCCAGAAGGUGGUUUUGUUUUGUUUUGUUUUAAAAAAUCUAUUUAAGCUUUAAAAUCUUCCCAUAUUUGAGACUCUGUCCUUGGGUAAAGGGUGGUCAGUCACCACGAGGCCUGGGUGCAUCUUCUGAGGUUAGAGGUCACAGUCACACGUGGUGUAAAGAACUCACAGAUGCUUAUAGGUCGCUGACCCACCCCAGGGACAAACUGGAGACAGGUAGGCCCUGGGGCAGAGAGGAGCGCUGACUCCCGAGCCCCGCCUGACCAUCUCCCAAAAGCUUGGGUGUUCAGGUGACAGGUUCAGGCUGACAGGCCACCUCCUGGGUGCUACUGCGUAAGAGCAGGUCCCAGAGCUGCAGCCCGCCCGCAUCUGGGCUACAUGCCACCUGGGUUGCUAGUCUGGCGGCCAUCUGCUCUCUCCUCCCCUCCCUCCCAUGAGAGUAUUCAGCUGCAAGUGACCUUCCAGCCCACGGGUUCAGCUCUUCAUUUUACAGAUGAGCAAAGCAGGGCCCAGAGAGGGAUAUGACUAGGAAAAGUGCCCCUGUUGGAGCAAGAUCAGGACCUUGUUGGCUCCGUGUUUAAAAUGCAGACCCUUCUUUGUCUCUCUGGCUGAGCAGUGGGUACCUAGCCACAUGGCAGCCAGUCACGUGGCCAGAAUGCAAUGCUCUGAUUGGCCCUGGGGUGAGGAUGGCCGAGAAGCAGGUCUUUGCACCUGCAGGUGAACAGGCUCCUCUGUGUCCACCAGAGGCAGAGUUUACUGCAAGUGCUCCUCAGGGGGUGGAAAGCAGCUCUGGGCUUGCGGGGGAGCAGGGGGCUCCUGCCUGCAGCACACACAGUGAACCCCAAGCCACCGAGGUGGGGCCACGAGAUCUCAGCAGCCUCCAGUCCUUCAGGGGCCCCAGCGAGCCGGCCCCUGACCUGCUAGUGAUUUGCAUUACAUCCCUGCCCAUGUCCACUGCUAGGAAAAGGAGAGGUCUGCAGCCUUUGGCUCCCUGGAGGAGCACAGGACAGAGAAGCACCAUUUUGAAACAGGGUUUGUCCAGCAGACCAUGCGGGGCCGGGCUUAGGGGGCGGAGUCAGGAAGCCAGGCAGGGAGCAUGUCGGGCCAGGGACAUUCUCCUGUAAAGGGCACGUUGACGAAUUCUGUGCUGUGGCAUCAGAAGGGCCCUAGAAGCCAAUCCUACCUCCAUGUGAACCGGGCCUCUGGGUCAAAGGUGGAACAGAACCAGAGAGAGCAUUCAUACCGGCUCCCGUGCUUCUCUGUUCCCCUCGAAGCAGCGUGAGAACAAAGAGCACCCGCCCCCCCCCUCACCUGCUGUGAUGGAACCCGCUUCUCCAGGGACACCAGCUCUGCAUGGCCACUGUCCAGCCAUUAGAGGGCCGGAUGCCUGCCGUGUCCUCGGGAACCAGCAGCAGUCCCCUAUUUGAUACCAUGGUGUCCAGAGUGGACUUCUAGUCUGUGGCCACGUGCCCUGAGCUGCUCAUCCCCCCGUGGCCUGGGCCAGCCAGUUUUGAAGUUGUCAGAUCUCCCUCCCUAUUUGUCACGAGGGUCCCUGAUCUGUGUCCCCGAACCUGACACCCGGGAGGAGAUAUCAGGGCCGCUCCUGGGAGGCCUCCGCCCAGCAGAGUGCCCAGCCUCUUCCCUUCCUAACAGCCCACCAGCCUCCAGCUCCUGGUCGCCCCAGGACCCCAACCACAGCUCAGCUCUACCUGGCACCAAGUUGCCCUCAGCUGCCCCCCUGCCAGGAGCCCAGGGCCAGGACGGUAGCUUUAAUCUCCCCGCAUCAGGAGCUGCCCACGGGGGUGGGCGUGGAGUCCCACCUCUGGGGAUUCCUUCAGCCCUGGCCCACUCCCCUUCAAGCCAAAGCUGAUCGAGCACUUUCUCCUUUGCCAUCUCCUCCCUUGGUUGUUGGUGAUUGAAAUCUCGCUCCCCUCCCCGCGCGCCCCCCGUGUUGAUUUUGCCAGAGCAGUGAGUGACCUGGAUGCACCUGAGUGACCUGACGUUGGCGAGUCUGUCUCUCAGCCCCUGCUCGGUUUUAUUUAUUGUGGAAUAUUUCCAAUGAUCCGAAUUGAAGUGAAUAAAAAAGAGCUAUUUUAUCGUU